AUGAAGUGGUGGCUUCUUGCAUUUUGGGUGACCUUUGUGAAAGCCUGGGUUGUCAACGAGGGUACAACAUGUGUUUUAUACCCAGAGGCUCUUGUCCAUAAUGGACAGGCUGUUGAUGAUUCGCCAUCUAUUCAGCAGGCAUUUGAGAUGUGUGGAACUAAUGGGACGGUGAUUUUCUCGAAGAACUUGUUUCAUGUUAACACCGUCCUCAAUACCACCAAUCUAGAGAACUGCGAUGUUCACUUGCGCGGCGAGCUUCGCUUCUCUACCAAUAUCCCCUACUGGAGAACUCAUGCCAUUAGUGUUGUUCUGCAGGAUCAAGUCACUGCUUGGCUCUUCGGUGGUACAAACGUCAGCUUUUUCGGCGAAGGUGGCUUCUAUAAUGGACAGGGGCAGGCUUGGUAUGAUGCGAACAAAAACCAAUCUAACCAGCCUGGCCGUCCUAUGAGUAUUACUUUCUACAACUCGACCAACCUCCUCGUUGAUAGACUGAGAAUCAUUCAGCCGCAAUUCUGGGCCACAUUUGUCUGGGAUAGCAAGAAUGUAUCGGUCACCAACUUGUUCGUCAAUGCCACAAGCAACAGCAAAUGGGGUACAAUGAAUACCGAUGGAUAUGAUUCGUGGAAGAGCGACCAGCUUCUUGUGGAAAAUGCUACUAUCAUCAAUGGCGACGAUUGCAUUGCUGCAAAAGGCAACACUACCAAUCUAUACGCCAAGAACAUUUACUGCGAAGGCGGCACAGGGAUUACGAUUGGAUCUAUCGGUCAAUACCCGAAGACGCCUGACUACAACCUCAACACCACCUUCGAAAAUGUGAAGAUUAAAAAUUCGAUGGACGGUGCUUAUAUUAAGACAUGGCAAGGAACGCGGAUCUACACACCGAGUAACGGAGACUGGGGCGGCGGUGGAACAGGUCUUGUCAAGAACGUCACUUUCCGCAACUUCGAAAUGGAGAAUGUGGGACUGCCAAUUCAGAUGUCGCAGUGUGUUUACUCAGCCGAUAGCAACAAGGGCUGUAAUACAUCUACGCUGCAAAUUGAAGAUGUCAAAUGGCAAAACAUUCAUGGCACUUCACGCUUCAAUAUCGCCUCGUCCAUCUAUUGCUCGGAUGAGCGUCCAUGCCCCAACAUCACUUUCGACAAUGUGAACAUCACAAGCGUGAAUGCCACACUUGGCCUGCCUUACUACGGCACAGACAUUCAGCAUGAACUAUUCCAGUGCACAAACAUUAUUGGUCAGAACAGCUCUGGAAUCCCAUGCAACCAGGCCGCCCCAAGCAAUUUCAGCCAGUGGAUCUAUGGCAAUGUCGAUAGCUCGGGCUUGGCUACUUUGAGCUAA